UUACCAAAACACGUAUAAUUUGCGCUCUUGUCCCAGCAACUUUGAGAGGAUAUAUAUCCAAGAAGCUAGGCAUUUGGUACGCUAUCGCGGGCGGGAACUCUCUCAGUCUAUUCCAGAGCGCAAUCGCAAACGCAAUGGUUGUUUCUUCAGUUCAGCGGCUCUGUAAACAUUUAAUUUUUUCAGCAAUUCAAAGAUGUCGCAUGUCCGAUGAUCUCUGCAGAUUAUCAGUUGUUCUCAAAUCCUCUCCGCCAUCCGAUCCUCCUGUUGUUCGAAUCUCAGUUGCAGAUACUGGUGUUGGAAGCCUCUUGGAGGAGUUUCAGUGCUUGAAAUACCCAAUUAAUCCUGCUUCAGAUGAAAAAUGGGAUGGAUUGCUUUCUCUUACAACUACCAGUAUUGGUGAUAAUGAGAUAUUUUACUAUCAUCUCAAUCUAAAAGAAAUUGUUUCUGCACAAAGGGUGAAAAAGCUACCUUCAGUAUCUAAGACCGGUGCAAAAUUCAGUGGAACUGAAGUUAGUCUGUCAGUAUCUGGAAAGGUGGAUGGCUUAAUUGCAAUGCUCACCGACUUUGUUGGAAAGAUGCUCAUUUUAAAGAUGCCUAAUGUUGCAAUUGAUUUGGUAAUUGAAUGUGGUGAUGUUGCUGGAUCACAAUGUGGCAAUCUCAUUCCAGCAAAUGAAUGCAUUGCUUUAACAACUACUUCGUCAAGCAUUGAACAUCUGAGAUCAGGCUUUGAGAAUUACGUUUUCAAGCAUGGAAACAGCUUAAAAGAUAUUUGCCACUCUUGCUUCUCCAGUGGGGUGCAUCUCAAGGUUGGAAGUGGAGUCAUAGAGAGGCACACGAGUACUGGACAGGUGAUGGAAGCUGUAGUUAUUAUUAGUGAACUUCCAAAGCCAAUUGAUCCCUCCUGCUUUAGGGCAUGUGGAUUGAAAACAGAGGUCUUAUAUUUCAAGGACUACUCUCCUUGUUCAAUUUCCCGGUCAUCACUGAAUGCAUUGACAAGCAUUGACUGGAAAAGCUAUGGCUUGAUCUUGAGGAGUGUUACAGAUCAAGAUGGCCUUGCAUUUCUAGAGUGGGAGAACCUGCCAGCAGAUGCCCAUGUUGAUCUUGUUCUCCACAGCUAUCAUGCCAAGGUCAUGAUGCCAUUAGCCAUGCAAAAGACUAAACAUGAUGGUACUCUAACCAAAAAAGCUGUUAAGCUUGCAUUGGAUGAUUUGAAGGAGAAAAACGCAGGAGCUCUUCUCAGUGCCCAUGCUCUCAAGAUUUGCAGUUAUGCUCCUGAUCUUGCAAGAACAAUUGCUGGCUUGAUCUUGUCUUCCAAUGAUUUAGAAUUCCGAGGAGAAUGCUUCCUUCUUCUUGGGUUGCAGCCUCAAGAUAUUGAAAAGAAGAUUGUUGAAGACAACAUUGAAAGAAAGAUAAUCUCAGCCAUUGAGAUGAAUGAUAGAAAGCCUAAAAAAUGCAGACAUGCCUCGUCCUCUCUUUUUGAAGAUGACUACUUCCAAGAACCACAAGCCAUGGAUGAGGAAUACGAAGGAGCUGAUCUUUUCUCUAGAUUCCUCCGAAGCCCUGCCUGUGCAGCCCUAAUCAUGAGUUUCCUGGGAAGAUCAAUUGGAGCAGACGAACUAGCUAAGCUCUAUGGAACAACAGGGCCAUGAGGUGGGUAGACUGGCUCGAUCUCUCGAACGAUGCAGCCCUGAGACCUCAAGAUUUCGCGGUGUUCUUCAGGCACAUCCGGCAAGAUUACGACCACUAGAGGAUAGGAACUCUUCACCUUGCGCAAGGACUUUGCCAAUCCAACCACUCCC